GGACGGCGGGGAGGGAGGGAGGGAGUCAAGAUGGCGGCGGUGUUGCUCCUGAAACCGCCGAAGUGCUGGAGGAGGAGGAGGAUGGUGAAGAUGGGGAUGAGACUCUUUCCCGGAAACACGAUUGCUCGCCGGCCUUGAUCUUGCAUCGCGGCGAGGAGCCCUCCUCCCAGAAUGUCAAGCUCGGGCUACCCUCCUAGCCAAGGAGCGUUCAGCGCAGAACAAGGGCGCUACCAGACGCAUUCGGUCCAGUACACAUUCCCCGGCGGCCGACACCAGCAGGAGUUUGCUGUUCCUGACUUCCGCCCUUCUCACUUGGAAGUCAGCCAGGCCACGCAGCUCUUGCAGCAGCAGCAGCAGCAGCAGCUUCGGAGGCGGCCCUCUUUGCUGACUGAAUAUCACCCUGGCUCCGACAGGCCUCAGGAAAGAAGAUCUGGCUACGAGGCCCAGUUCCACCCCGGCUCGUCGCAAGCUGAUCAUGAUGCGCUGGAUUCGAAGAGGCCGCGCUUGGACCAGGUUUCCGACUCCCACUACCAGCGGGUCAGCGCCGCAACGGUCCUGCCGCUGUCCCACCAGCUGCAGGAUGGGCUGCGUUCGUCAGACUUGAAGAAGGAGUCAGCUUUUGGAGGCAAGCAUGACGGGCCGCCAUCGCCGCUCUCAGGCCAGCCCUGCGGAGAUGACCAAAAUGCGUCUCCAUCCAAGCUGUCAAAGGAGGAGCUGAUCCAGAGCAUGGACCGGGUGGACCGGGAGAUCGCCAAAGUGGAACAGCAGAUCCUGAAGCUGAAGAAGAAGCAACAACAACUCGAGGAAGAAUCUGCAAAGCCCCCUGAGCCGGAGAGACCCGUCUCCCCUCCCCCUGUGGAACAGAAGCACCGCAGCAUCGUCCAGAUUAUUUAUGAUGAGAAUCGGAAAAAGGCCGAAGAAGCCCACAAGAUCUUUGAAGGCCUCGGCCCCAAAGUCGAACUGCCGCUCUACAACCAGCCGUCGGACACAAAGGUGUACCAUGAAAACAUCAAAACGAACCAAGUCAUGAGAAAAAAACUGAUCCUCUUUUUCAAGAGAAGGAAUCACGCCAGGAAACAGAGGGAGCAGAAAAUCUGUCAGCGUUACGAUCAGCUGAUGGAAGCCUGGGAGAAGAAAGUAGACCGCAUAGAGAACAACCCCCGCCGGAAGGCAAAGGAGAGCAAGACCCGCGAGUAUUACGAGAAGCAGUUCCCCGAAAUCCGGAAGCAGAGGGAGCAGCAGGAGCGGUUUCAGAGGCUCGUCGAGGACAAAAUGAAGAGGAGAACCACGUCCGCCACCUUCAGCUCCUCAGAGGAAAGUUGUUGCAUCCCCAGGGUGGGGCAGAGAGGGACCGGGCUUUCGGCGACCAUCGCCCGGAGCGAGCACGAAAUCUCGGAGAUAAUCGACGGGCUCUCGGAACAGGAGAAUAACGAGAAACAAAUGCGCCAGCUCUCGGUCAUUCCUCCCAUGAUGUUUGACGCGGAACAGAGGCGGGUGAAGUUCAUAAACAUGAACGGGCUGAUGGAGGACCCCAUGAAAAUCUACAAGGACCGGCAGUUCAUGAACGUCUGGACAGACCACGAGAAGGAGAUCUUUAAAGAAAAAUUUGUCCAGCAUCCUAAGAACUUUGGCCUAAUUGCUUCCUACUUAGAAAGAAAGAAUGUUCCAGACUGUGUCUUGUAUUAUUAUUUGACCAAGAAAAAUGAGAACUACAAGGCCCUUGUGCGAAGGAACUACGGCAAGCGGCGGGGAAGGAACCAGGUGCGUUGCGUUGAGUGUUACGACCCGCUCGUUUUCUCACGACUGAAAAAGCAAAUCCCACGUCCUUCCCAAGAAGAAAAAGUCGAGGAAAAAAUAGAGGAGGAGAAGGCCGAGAAAACUGAGAAAAAAGAGGAGGAGAAAAGAGAUGAAGUGGAAAAGGACGAGAAGGAAGAAUCCAAGGAGAAUAUCAAAGAGAAGGACAAGGUUGAAGUUGUUCCCGAAGAGCCUGAGGAAAGGGAGCAGGUGGCCCCGCGAGGCCGGAAGACGGCCAACAGCCAGGGCCGGAGGAAGGGCCGGAUCACCAGGUCGAUGACGAACGAGGCCGCGGCGGCUAAUGCCGCGGCGGCUGCCGCCACCGAGGAGCCACCACCGCCACUGCCUCCGCCGCCAGAACCUUCUUCGGCAGAGCCGGUGGAGACAUCCCGCUGGACGGAAGAAGAGAUGGAAGUUGCGAAAAAAGGGUUAGUGGAACACGGGCGCAACUGGGCAGCCAUUGCCAAGAUGGUGGGAACGAAGAGCGAGGCCCAGUGCAAAAACUUCUACUUCAACUACAAGAGGAGACACAACCUCGACAGCCUCCUUCAGCAGUACAAGCAGAAAUCUUCUCGAAGGCCCCGCGAGGAGCGCGAAGUCUCACAGUCCGAAAGCGUGGCAUCGACCGUCUCCGCGCAGGAGGACGAGGACAUCGAAGCGUCCAACGAGGAAGAGAAUCCAGAAGACAGCGAAGGUGCUGAAAAUAGCUCCGACACCGAGAGCGCGCCGUCUCCUUCGCCGGCGGAGGCUGCCAAGCCCAUGGAGGAGGCCCCUCCCGAGAGCGUCUCUUCCACUUCUAGGAUGACGACCGCCGAGGCAGCGGAGCAGGAGCCCCCCGUGAAAACAGCGCCCGGGGCCUCCCCUCCCUCGGCAGCCCAGAACGCCAAGCCGGUAGCCGAGAGCGAGAGCCCUGAGCUGCAGGUGAAGGAAGAGGCGGGGGCCGAGGCGGAGGAAUCCAUGGAGGCCGAGAGCGGGAGCCAGCUUGCGGACACCAAGCCUGUCCUCCCCGCAAACCCCAAGGUGGAGCCCCCGGAGCCCGAAGCGAGGCUUCCGGAAGACGUCCAGGUGAAGACGGAGAGCGAUGCCAAAGAAAGGGAAGAGGAGAUGAUGGCCAAGGAGAAGACGGAGCCGGAAGGCAUGGACUUUGGCUUGGCCCAGGAGGCUAGCGCCCAGAGGAUGGAGCCCACCUCGGACAAUGACUCCAGCGCCACUUGUAGUGCCGACGAGGACGUGGACGGAGAACCCGACAGGCAGAGAAUGUUUACGAUGGACUCGAAGCCUUCCCUGUUGAAUCCCACCGGGCCUCUCCUUGUGUCAUCUGCGAUAAAACAAGUGCCGAUGGACUUGCAGCAGCUUCAGCACCGGGCGGCUGUGAUACCACCCAUGGUCUCUUCUCCUCUGCAGGGGCUCCCCAUGAGUGGCUAUACCCUCUUCCAGCAGCACAUCAAGGCCAUGCACAAGUCCACCAUGUUGGAAGAGCGGCAGAGGCAGGAGACCAUGGAGGUGGAUUGCCGGAGGCCAGGCAGCCCCUGCGGCCCGUCCAAGAGCCCAAACGUCGAGUGGGACGGGAAGUCCGUUGCCUACAUGCCUUACGCCGACGUCAAGCGAGCCAUGGAGCAGGAGGCCCACAUGCAGAGCACGGUGGUGAGGUCAGCCUCGCCUUACCGCCUGUCUCCGAGGGAGGUCAGCAAGGUCUCCCCACAGCCUGACAUGAACGCCGCUCGCUACAGCGUCCCCCCAGUCCUCCAACCUGCUCCUCAUCAAGUCAUUAGCAACCUAACUGAAGGGGUCCGGCCCCCAACCACACGGCCCACCAGGCCGCCGCCCCCCCUGAUCCCAUCCUCCAAAACAGUGGUGUCAUCGGAGAAGCCUUCUUUCAUCAUGGGAGGGUCCAUCUCUCAAGGGACACCGGGCACUUACUUAACGUCCCACAGCCAGACGUCUUACAGUCAAGAACCACCUAAGCCCUCUGUGGGAUCCAUCUCCCUAGGGCUGCCCAGGCAACAGGAAUCUGCCAAACCAGCUUCCAUGCCGUACAUCAAACAAGAAGAAUUCUCUCCCAGGAGCCAAAACUCGCAGCCCGAGGGCCUCUUGGUCAGAGCCCAGCAUGAGGGAGUGGUUCGGGGUACGGCGGUGACCCUCCAAGAAGGAAGCAUAACUCGAGGGACCCCAGCCAGCAAGGUUUCUGUUGAAUCCAUGCCGACCUUGCGAGGCUCCAUCACUCAGGGGACGCCAGCUCUGUCGCAGUCGGGGAUUGCAGCUGACGUGCUGCUAAAGGGAACCAUCACUCGCUUGGCCACGGAGGACAGCAGCCCGGAGAAGUGCCGGGAAGAAGCUGCCUCUUCCAAGGGCCACGUCAUCUACGAGGGCAAGAGUGGGCACAUAAUAACCUACGACGCAAUCAAGAAUGUCCGCGAAGGAACCCGGAGCCCACGGACCGCUCACGAGAUGGGGCUGAAGCGGACGUACGAUGCUAUGGAAGGCAACAUCAAGCAAGGGAUGUCGAUGAGGGAAUCUCCUGUCUCCGCACCGUUAGAAGGGUUAAUCUGCCGCGCUCUUCCUCGGGGCAGCCCCCACUCGGACCUGAAAGAGAGGACUGUGCUGUCGGGCUCUAUAAUGCAAGGCACCCCGAGGGCCGCAGCCGAGGGCUACGAGGAAGGCCUCAAGUACCCGAAGAUCAAGAGGGAGUCCCCUGCCCUGCGCAGCUUCGAAGGCGCCAUCACCAAGGGGAAGCCCUACGAUGGGGUCACCACCAUCAAGGAGAUGGGGCGCUCCAUCCACGAGAUCCCCAGGCAGGACCUGCUGAGCCAAGAGAGCCGCAAGACCCCAGAGAUCGUCCAGGGCUCCCGGCCGAUGAUCGACGGCUCCAUAUCUCAGGGGACGCCCAUCAAAUAUGAGAGCGGCUCCGGCCAGUCGGCCAUCAAGCACAACGUCAAGUCCUUGAUCACCGGCCCAAGCAAACUCCCUCGCGGGAUGCCUCCGCUGGAGCUGGUGACGGAGACCGUGAAGGCGGCGGAGCGAGGGAAGUACGAGGAGGCCAAGUCCUCCGGGGAGGUCCGCCAGCGCCACACGGUGGUCAGCUCCGGGACCUCGGUCCUCCGCUCGACCCUCCACGAGGCCCCCAAGUCGCAAGUGAGCCCCGGGAUCUACGAGGACGCCAACGCCAGGAGGACGCCCGUGAGCUACCAGAGCAUGUCCAGGAGUUCCCCCAUGAUGAACAGGGUGUCAGAAGGGAAGUCCUCCAACCACGAGAGGAAGUCCACCCUGACGCCAACACAGAGGGAGAGCAUCCCGGCGAAAUCCCCCGUCCCCGGGGUGGAUCCCGUCGUAUCUCACAGCCCCUUCGACCCCCACCACCGAGGGGCUACUCCGGAGGUCUACAGGAGCCACCUCCCAUCACACUUGGACCCAGCCAUGCAGUUCCACAGGGCGCUGGAUCCCACCGCUGCCUACAUGUUCCAGAGGCAACUUUCGCCCACCCCAGGCUACCCGAGCCAGUACCAGCUCUAUGCCAUGGAGAACACGCGGCAGACCAUUCUCAACGACUACAUCACCUCCCAGCAGAUGCAAGUCAACCUGCGGCCCGACCUGACCAGGGGGCUCUCUCCCCGGGAGCAGACCUUGGCCCUCCCCUACGCGGGAGCCAGAGGGAUCAUUGACUUGAACACCAUGGCACCCACCAUCUUGGUGCCCCACCCCGGAGGGCCCAGCACCCCCCCGAUGGACAGGAUUACCUACAUCCCUGGGACUCAGCUAGCGUUCCCCACCAGGCCUUACAACCCUCCUUCCAUGUCUCCAGGGCAUCCUUCGCAUCUGGCAGCCUCUGCCGCAGCCAACGCUGAGAGGGAGAGGGAGCGCGAGAGGGAAAAGGAGCGGGAACGGGAGCGUGAGAGGGAGCGUGAGCGUGAAAGAGAGCGAGAGAGAGAGAGGGAGCGGAUAGCAGCCGUUCCCAGCGAGCUCUACCUGCGCCCAGGUGCUGAGCAGCCAGGAAGGCCAGGAAGCCACGGCUACGUCCGCUCGCCAUCCCCGUCAGUCCGCAGUCAGGAGAGCGUCAUGCAGCAGCGGCCGAGCAUCUUCCAGGGAUCAAACGGGACGAGUGUCAUCACCCCACUGGACCCCUCCGCACAGCUGCGCAUCAUGCAGAUCCCCCCUGGCACUCCCACCAUCACCCAGGCCUUGCCCACCUCCCGCUACAACACGGCCGCUGACGCUCUGGCCGCCCUCGUGGAUGCUGCCGCUUCCGCUCCCCAGAUGGAGGUGGCCAAGUCCAAAGAGGGCAGCAAGCACGAUGGGAGCCGCAUCGAGGAGAACCCGGGGCGCAGAUCGGUCGUGAGCGAGCAGCAGCAGCAGAUGGAGCAGAAGGCGAUGGAGGCAGAGAAGAGGGGGCCCCCGGGCCUGUACCCCUCGUCCUCGUCGAGCUACUCCUCCUCGGGGAAAUCCCAGCCUUCCUCCUCCAUCUACUCGGACGCCGGGAAGGACAAGGGCCCGCCUUCCAUAUCCAAGUAUGAGGAGGAGCUUCGGACGCGUGGCAAGACCACCAUCACGGCGGCCAACUUCAUCGAUGUGAUCAUCACACGACAGAUUGCCUCCGACAAGGACGCCCGCGAUCGCGGCUCCCAGAGCUCAGAUUCCUCCAGCAGCCUUUCCUCCUCCCACCGCUACGAGCCCCCCCGAGACGCCAUCGAGGUGAUCAGCCCCGCAAACUCGCCGGUCCCUCCCCAGGAGAAGAUGCUGCCUUAUCAACAGGAAGCCCCCAAAAUGAGCCAGGCAGAACGAGACUGCAGCCGUCAGUAUGAGGGGUCAAUCCACUCCUACAGGCAGCAGCAAGAUUCUCCAUCGCCACAGCAACAGCAGCAGCAACAGCAGCAACCUCCUCCACCACCUGCGCAGGGCGAAGGGAUGGGGCCCGUGCCACGAACACACCGCCUGAUCACCCUGGCCGAUCACAUCUGUCAAAUCAUCACCCAGGAUUUUGCCCGCAACCAACCUACUACGCAGCCAUCCCCACAGACUCCCACUAGCACAUUCCAGACCUCCGCCCCGACUUCCAUCGCCACCACGAACCGGGUGAAGGCCUCAAACCGCUACAGCCCUGAGGUGCAGAUCCAGUCUGCGCCCCACCAGCGCCCCGGGUCGCGAGUGUCCCCCGAAAACCUCUCGGAGAAAAGCAGGGGAAGGCUUGGAAAGUCCCCAGAGAGGAGCCACGUUUCCUCCGAGUCAUACGAACCGAUCUCGCCCCCCCAGGCCCCGGCUGCUCACGAGAAGCAAGACAGCCUCAUAUUACUCUCCCAGCGAUCCGAGCCUUCGGAACAGAGGACGGACUCUCGUUCUCCGGGGAGCAUGAGCUACCUGCCUUCGUUCUUCACCAAGCUGGAGAGCACCUCGCCAAUGGUGAUGUCGAAGAAGCAGGAGAUCUUCCGCAAGCUGAACUCCUGCGGGGGAGGCGACAAUGACAUGGCUGCCGCUCAGCCAGGGACUGAAAUCUUUAACUUGCCCGCGGUCACUACCUCAGGUCCAGUCAGUGCUCGAGGUCAUUCCUUUGCAGAUCCUGCCAGCAACCUGGGCCUGGAGGACAUCAUCCGCAAGGCCCUAAUGGGCAACUUUGACGACAAAGGGGAGGACCACGCCAUCGUCAUGGCCCAGCCCAUGGGGCUGGUCUCUGCGGGCUCCAACCCCUCCCUGGCAGCCAGCAGCGAUCUCCGGAGGGAAGACGCCAACCCUUCCCCUAACCCAGGUGGUGUCAGCAAGCAAAAGCUGAUGGGGAAAUCGGGCAGCAGGAAGUCCAAGUCCCCGAUCCCCGGGCAAGGCUACUUGGGGACAGAGCGACCCUCGUCGGUCUCGUCGGUGCACUCGGAAGGGGACUACCACAGGCAGACGCCGGUGUGGUCGUGGGAAGACCGGCCCUCCUCCACAGGAUCCACGCAGUUCCCCUACAACCCUCUGACCAUGCGCAUGCUGAGCAGCACCCCUCCAGCGUCCAUCGCCUGCGCCCCUCCCUCGGUCAGCCAGGCCGCCUCCCACCAGCCCAACCGGAUAUGGGAACGGGAGCCGGCGCCCCUCCUGUCCGCCCAGUACGAAACGCUUUCGGACAGCGACGACUGAACCAGGAGGAGACGGCGGCCCAGGGAGGCGAGGGGAAGGACCCUUUUAUAAAAGAAACUUCAUUUCUGCCUCGGAAGCUGUUGGGUUGCGCUUUCUGUUUUUAAAAUGACACGUCCCCCCCUCCUCCAAAGACUUUGCAAGCGAGAGCCGGGACCUUGGAAGAUGAAGGAGUUACAGGAGCCGGUUUUGUGGGGGGUGGUGGUUUAUUUUUAUCAAGACUCCCUUUCUGUGCAAGCCUACGUGAGCAAGGGGAGGCUCAGUGCCCUGAAGAUAAAUAUGUAAAGAGGUUUUGUUUGUUUUUUUAACAAAAAGAAAGAGGAAAGGAACGGAAAGGAAGGAAAAAAGGACCUAUUCCUGAGCGACAUCUUUUAUUUGUAAAGAGAAAAAGACUAACAUAAUGUCUCCUUAAGGAAAAAAAAAUCAUUCUUAUGUAAAUAGAGGUAACUUUUUUUUCCUGCUGUGUCCCCCCCCCCCCUUCCCACACUCCCCUGUCCCAGCUCUAUUGCUAGGUAUCUGGUGUGCUUUUGUUCAAUCAAAUCAUUGCAUAAAUGUUUUUGGGGUCAUUUUAACUUUUAUUUUUUAAGGAAAGUGUUUUAUCAAAGGGUGUAAUAUUUUGAGCACGCGAUACAGCCCAGGACAUCUCCUGCCUGUGAGCUCCGGUUUUGAGGGGCACCCACAGUCAACGUGUCCCCCAACCAGGCUCACGCCCCCAAGUUCCCCCUCCGCGUCCCACCCUUGCUUGAUCUUCUUGCAAGUAGCCCCAAACAAUCUUUCCUCUCCCCCCCCACCUAAUUCUAGGGACUUCCCCCACCCCCACCCCUUUUCUGUGGUUGUUCAACACCUUGUGGGAAAACUUUUUUUUUUUUAACUGACCCCGUUUAAUGAAUCCUGUACAUUUAUUUUUAUUUUUAAUACAAACCAACUCUGGCCCCCUGGCAGGUGAGGGAGGUCUUUUUAAUGAUUCUGCCACGCUGUAAAUUUUCUUUCCCCAUACAGUUGGGUUUCUGUUUGGCAACACUGUGAAAAUACUUUUAUUGCAUGGGUACAUAAUGGUGAAGCUCCCUUCUCUCGCUCCCCGAUAACUCAGACAUGGCGAGGGUUCCCUCGCCGGCCACACACUGAACUGCUUGAAUGGCACAGCCUGCCCCGGUCCCGAUAAUUCUCUUGCUUCAACAUUGUCUGUUGUUUUUAAAAGG